CCGUUUUUUGUUUUGAUUUGGCCUCCAGGGUCCGGGUCUGCAUCAUGCUGGAUCCGAAUAGCUUCGAAUCGAGGUUAUUAACAAGAUCAUAUAGAUGAAGGAUCGGCGUCCUGUUGCGAUCGGAUUCAUAUUGAAUAACCGGGUUAUCGGGUCCAUUGACUCCUCUCGUUCUAUUGUUUGAACCUCUCGUCUGUCAUUUCCCAACCCAUCCAAAAGAUGCUAUGGUCUUCCCGCCACCUCUCCUCCCUCUUCCGACGGUCCUCCUCCCUCCUCCACCUCCUUCAACUCCACUCGCUCAUCCUUAAAGCCGCUCUCGACCACCGCCCAUCCGUCGCUUCCAAGCUCAUCUCCUCCCUCUGCCCUUUCUCCCUGGCCCACGCCCGCUCCGUCCUCUCCAACCUCGCCUCUCCUCCUCCUCUCUUCGCUUGGAAUUCCCUUAUCCGAGCCUACGCCGAUUCCGAUUCCCCCCAAGAAGCCAUCCACCUCUUUUCAGCCCUCCGACGUGCAGGGAACGGGCGCCCUGACAACUUAUCCUAUCCGUUUGUUCUCAGGGCGUGCGGCCGUGCUUCCGUGCUGCGAGUCGGUGAGAUGGUUCAUGGGGUGGUCUUAAAGGCCGGGUUUUUCUUGGAUUUAUACGUUGGGAAUACUCUUCUGCACAUGUAUGCUUGUUGCGGGGUGUCCAAAUGCGCUCGUGAAGUGUUCGACGAAAUGGGUGUUAGGGACGUCGUCACAUGGAGCUCCAUGAUCCAAGGAUAUCUUGCUUGCGGCCAUCCUGUUGAAGCUCUAAUGGUAUUUUUGGAAAUGAGAUCAGCAAAUGUUAAACCUAACUCAGUUACUCUAAUAAGCCUACUUUCAGCUUCCAGUUAUUUGGCUAGUCCGUGUACAGGACGAGCAAUUCACUCAUACAUAGUGGUUAACAACAUCAAAUUGGAUGUUGCCCUGGGUGCUGCUCUAGUCAGCAUGUAUGCUAAAUGUGGGCUCUUAGAAGAAGCCUUCCAAGUUUUCAAAUCCUUGCAAGAGCAGGACUUGCAGUCAUGGACAAUUAUGAUUGCAGGGUUCGUUGAUCAUGGCCAAUGGGAAAAAGCAAUUGAUCUAUUCUCCCAGAUGGAAGCUAGUGGUGUACGACCAGACAGUACAAUAUUCUCCGUCAUUUUAUGUGCUUGCAGCCACCUCGGUAUGGUAGAUGUAGGCCAAACAAUGUUUUCUAGAAUGGUAAAUGAGUUUCAUAUCAAGCCAACAAUUGAGCACUAUGGUUGCAUGGUUGAUUUGUUUGGCCGAGCAGGUUUACUAGAAACUGCUUAUGAGUUCAUUAAGAACAUGUCGAUUACUCCAAAUAAUGUCAUAUUGAGGUCCUUUCUCGGAGCUUGCAGGAAAAGCGGCAAAUCUUUUGAUAUCGGUGACGACUUGCUGAAGCUUCUGCUGGAAGAGGAGCCUGACGUAGGAUCAAACUACGUGAUUGCUGCCAAUAUGUCUGCAUUAUCUGGAAAAUGGAACGAUGUGGCCGAGUUAAGAAGCAACAUCUCAAAGAAAGGUUUGAAGAAGGUUCCGGCCUGCAGUUGGGUGGAAGGGAAUGCAGAAGUCCCAGAGUGGGAAUUAUUGGAAACUUCUGGAUGAUAAUGAGUAUGUGAAUAGCUUCCUAUUUGUCUAUGAUAGAUAGGAAAAAUGAAGGAAAGAUCUAUAGUGACAAAUAACUUCUGCUAGAAUUUGUUAAAUGUCUUCUCUGCAAUUUUUGGGCUUGUAAUGUAUACAAGAGCUGAAAUUUGUCGAUGUAGAACUAUAUAGAUUGUCAUACUGAUCAAGUAUGCAAGAAGUAUAUUCGAUACGUUGUACAAAAUCAAAUUAACAUCAUCGAAUUACUUCAUUAUUUUCA